AUGUCGCUGCUCGGCAAGCCCCCGCGACACUCGAGGUCACCGCCCGCCGUGGCUCGCGGCCUCCUGGGCAAGAGAGUCCGCCGCACCAUCAUCAUCGCCCUCUGUGCCCUCGCCGGCUUCAGCCUGCUCAGAAGAUCCAUGCGCCCGGGCACGUCGUGGGAGAAGCCCUUUAUCGCCCUCUGGCCCGACGUCAACGAGCCCUACCGCAUCGUCACCACCAGUGACUUUCGCCCCGUCUCCAUGUCGCCGCACAACAAGGACAUGCAACAGCUGUGUCAAAGCUUUCCCAACCACAUCCUUCAGAGCAUCCAGCCUGUUCUCAAAACAGGCUACACCGACGACCCUGAACGUAUGCCCGGCCAGUUUGACGGCGCCAGUGCCUGCUUCAAGCCCGGCGAGUUGCUCAUCUUCUCUGAUGCCCCCGCCAACAUGUCGGGCCACGAGGUCAUUGACAUUCUCGCACUCUUGCCCGACACGUACCAUAGCUUCCCCGAGUUUCAGCCUUACCUCGAGCAACGCCGCAUGCUGGAAAACGGCUCCGCCGAGAAGCAUCCUGAGAUGCUUCAAAAAAUCAACGGUUGGAAGCUCGACAGAUUUAAAUUCGUCCCUGCUGUGGAGCAAGCCUGGCUCAUGAAGCCUGACCGUGACUUUUAUGUCUUUUACGAGUCGGAUACCCUGGUCAGCCUGCGCCAAGAUCUGACAGCGGCUAACCUGACCGUAUCCAGCUAUGUCUUCUGGGACAACCUAUUCCGCUUCCUCAAGACACUAGACCCCGAGGUACCCCUUUACAUGGGAUCUUCUACACCGGGGCGACGGGACAAGGUUCAUUAUGGCACCACGUUUGCCAACGGCGGCCCUGGCUACGUCCUCAGUCGUGCCGCCGUCAAACACCUGCUGCACCGCGAGACGGACAGGGCCGGCCGUUUCAUCGGCCCCUCAUUCACCGAAAAGUGGCGUUAUCUCGUCAACGAUGACGAACCCUGCGGCGACAACAUCCUGGGUUAUAUCCUGUGGCUCUCUGGCAUCGAAAUGCAGGCUCUCUAUCCCAUGUUCACCCAGCACGUCUUCCACACGCUGCCCUUUGAUUCGAUGCGCUGGUGCUCUCCCAUUUUCACCUUUCAUAAGCCAUCACCUGACCAAAUGCGCGGCUUGGCUCGGUGGGAGUAUGGCGCACGAAAUAAUUCGCAUCCCGCCAGAUACGCCGAUGUCUGGGACUUUUACAAGGCUGGCUCCGAACCAAGGCGCGACAACUGGAGAAACAAUGAUGUGCUCGGCCGCAAAGCUUCCGCUUCUGGUAUUAAGUCUGCCGAAGACUGCGAGGCGCACUGCCGCUCAUUGCCCGAAUGCCUUCAGUGGACGUGGCGAGGCAGCCCGACCCGGGAAUGCUUCGUCGGCGAGGGCGUAUUUUACUAUGGCGAAAAGUGUCAUUAUUCCACAGCCGGCUGGUUGCCGGAUCGCAUUACUCAGUGGAAGGUCGAUCACGAGUGCGAGGAUACCUCUUGGCAUGGCCCUAGCCGCACAAGAGUAUAUGUCCCGGGAUGA